AUGGAAGACUUAUUGUAUUGUAAAGAUAAGAGAACUAUUCCACCUUGUCACUUUUAUUUUGAUAUGUCCUACUCGUUGACUUACUCAACAAUUGCAAACAUAUCUACUGAAAUUUCAAGAGCUAGUACUGAAUCGACAAUUUCUAGUGAGACUAGUUUAGAUGGUACAACAGAUGAAAGCAAGUCCAAUGCUGAUUUCACCUUAAUAGAUUUAUAUUCUGGUUAUGGAGCCAUGUCGGCUGGUUUAUGCCUUGGUGCUAAUUUAUCAGGCACAAACCUUGUUACCAAAUGGGCUGUUGAUAUUAACAAAUAUGUUUGCGAAAACUUGAAAUUGAAUACCCUGAAACGGAGGCUUCUUUCUAUGAAUUAUCAAGUAAGGCUUGGAAUGAUGGCAGCUGAUUGCUAUGGCCUUCCUCAAUUCCACAUGCGCAAGCUACCUCAAUAUCCAUUGCCAAUGCAUGAGGUUGUUGUUAGAGGAAAUGUCCUUGUCAAUUUUCAGGGUGCAAACUUCAGAGAUCUUUCUUGUAUGUUGGUUCGCCCAGAUAAGAAAGUUGAAUGGGAUAAAUCUGUUGAAAGAGUGUACCUACCUUCAGGGAAGCCUUUGCUUUCUUUUAUCUCUAUAAUAGCUUUCUUUCUCAUUUGUAAGCUGACAUGGUAUCAGCUUUUAUUGCAGAGUGGAAAAGCUUGUUUGGGUGAGAUCAUCUACCGCUACAUAACUGCAGACCAGUUCUCCCCAGAGUGUCUUCUUGAUUGCUUAGAUCUGUCUACAGAGCACCACACUUCAGAUAUAGCAAACAGGAUUGAGGCUGCUGUGCAUGUUUGGAGGCUGAAAGACCCGAAAAAGCGUUCAAAUCAUGCAAAAACUGGGCGGUCGUCAUGGGGUGGAAAAGUCAAGGGCCUUGUCGGGGAGAUGGAAAAGAGUCACAUUUUAGCACAACGUGCUGAGACUCUUUUACAGAGCUUGAGGAUAUGGUAUCCUGGCCUCCCUCAGACUGUUCUGGAUAUGAACAAGAUCCAAUACAACAAGGAUGUGGGGCAGUCGAUCCUUGAGAGCUACUCAAGGGUGAUGGAGAGCUUAGCCUUUAACAUAAUGGCGAGGAUUGAUGACCUCCUUUAUGUAGAUGAUGCUAUCAGGCAAUGUGCAGUGGCAGAGUCGAUGUCUUUGUUUGGACGGGGAGGAUUGGGUGGUCUUCCCAUACAGAAGCGGAUUUCCCCUAGCCCAUUCUCUAUUCAACGAUCUCCUUAUGCAUCUUCAUUUGCAACACCUACCUUCAGUGCCACUCCGGUAGUUGAAAGUCCUGGGAGGGGACAUCCCUCAUUAAAGAAGAACAAUCACAAGGGAUCGCAGGAUGCAAAGUUAGAGAAAUCUGCAGAUGUAGAUAGAAUUUGGUCAUAUGCUGGAAACCUCAGUAGUAGAAAAGAUGCCGGUGAUGCUCCGGAACGGGACUGAUGUAAGAUGAUAACCCAUUGGAAUGUAUGGUUGGUGGCUUCGCUCC